UGGCCCUGGGCUUAUCGGCGGCGGCGGCGGCCUAUAAUAGCCGGGCCGGCGACUCCCCCCGGCCCCAGAGCCGCCCGAGCCUCCGCCAUGCUCCGUGCCCUGUGUUGCCUCGCCGUCCUCGCCGCAGCCUCCGCCUGCAAGCCCUGCACGUGUGGGGUGGCACGUGGUGCGCGCGUCAUCGGAGGCGGGCCCGCCGCGCCGGGAGAGUUCCCGUGGCUGGCCGCGCUGCGCAAGGACGGCAAGUUCAUCUGCGGGGCCACCGUGGUCGCGGCCGACCAUCUGCUGACCGCCUCGCACUGCGUGCAGGGGGUUGAAGCAUCCCGGCUGAACGUGCUAGUUGGAGAGUACGACGUGGACGAGUCCCAUUCGGAAGGGUUCCGCAUAGCGCACGUUCUUCAGCACCCGGACUUCAACAGCUAUACGUAUGACAAUGACAUCGCCGUGCUGCGCCUAUCCGAACCGCUGCCCGACCAUCUCUUCCGGCCAGCCUGCUUGCCUGAAGAUGGAGACCUCCUCAUCGGCGCAGAUGCCGUGGUAUCUGGAUGGGGCAGCACCGAAGAAAAGGGACCUACAUCUAACAUACCCAUGAAAGUGGAAGUGAAAAUCUGGGAACAAGAAGAGUGUUCAACAGCAGGGUACGGCCGGCGGAAGGUGACGCCACGCAUGUUGUGUGCCAACGCGCCUGAACGAGACUCGUGCACCGGCGACUCCGGCGGGCCGCUUGUGCUGCCGCGCCCGUUCCACACGCUAGUCGGCAUAGUGUCAUGGGGGCGCGGCUGCGCGCGGCCCGGCUACCCCGGAGUCUACACGCGUGUAACCCGCUUCCUUCCCUGGCUGAAGGUCGCGCUGCGCCACGCCUGCUCCUGCUCAGCGCCACACUACUGAGUGCACCAUCAUUGGCACAUCCGUCAUUAUUUCUAUGAUUUCUACGGCGCCACCGUCAUCAUCGAGGCUUGUAGUUAAAUAAAGGGUGGGUGCUAUUAUCGACGCUCGCUGCUGCUCGCUGGCUACGUACUCCGACAGAGGCGAAUUAACGAACAGUUUUUAUUGUAAAUUUGUAUGGUUCGUGCAACAACUAACACUGAACCGUAGGUACACUCCAUAGGUACCUACUUAGUGCACCUAGUAGGUACCUACUUAUACUUAGUCUGGCCUAUCAACACGGUUUGAUCUAACUUGUGAAUUCCGUGAAUGAAGUACCUAUAGGUUAAUGCAGCCUAAAGUGAAAUUUGGUUAACUAAUAAGUAUGCACAAACACACAACAUGCCAUGUAACAUUUAUGACGAAACUGACGAAAGAUAUUUGUACAAAAUUAAAAUUUUGAAAAAAGCCCCGACCGCGACAUAGUCACCCAAUUUUCAUGAAACAUG